AUGAGCUGUCCAGUGGCAAGUCCUGACACUAAGCAAUCGGAUAAAUCUUACAAUGCGGCUGCUAAUAAAGCGAAGACUUACGGAGAGUAUUUACAACUCGAUAAACUGUUAUCAAGUCAGGGGAUGAAAAGUAAAGCGCACGACGAACAUAUGUUUAUUAUAAUACACCAAGUGUACGAGCUUUGGUUUAAACAAAUUAUUUUCGAAAUUGAUUCUGUCCGCGGUGUGUUUGAAGAAUCGUUCGUGGAUGAGCGUGAGAUGUUUGUCGUUACAUCAAGAUUGAAAAGAGUUGUACAAAUACUGAAGCUUCUGGUAGACCAGAUUGGAGUUAUCGAAACGAUGUCGCCAAUGGACUUUGUUGAGUUUCGUAACAUGUUAGGAUCUGCUUCCGGGUUCCAGAGUUACCAGUUCCGGGUAUUAGAAAAUAAACUUGGUCUCCCUCAGGCAAAUCGUCAAAAGUACAGCCAGAAAGACUAUAAAACGGUGCUUGAGAGUGAAACGGACAACAUGUCAACUGUAGUAAAAUCUGAAACUGAGACGUCCUUGUCAGAACUCUUACAGAGGUGGCUAGAGCGAACACCUGGUAUUGAGAAAGAUGGCUUCAAUUUUUGGAGCAAAUUUAGCGACAAGGUUAAUGAGAUGUUACAGAAACAAUACAAUUCAAACCAGGACGAUCUAGAUCAGAGCGCAAAAGAUAAUUUAAAAAUUCAAUAUCAGAAGCAACGUGAAACAUUCGACUCUAUCUUUAACGAGGACAAGCACAAGGAGCUUCGAUCCAAGGGGGAUAGAAGAUUUACUCACAAGGCUUUUCAAGGUGCCAUGAUGAUAUUUUUUUACCGAGACGAGCCGAGAUUUAAUCUCCCAUAUCAGAUGCUCCAAUUACUCAUGGACAUUGAUGCCUUAGUCAUGAAAUGGAGAUAUACCCACGUGUUAAUGGUGCAUAGGAUGUUAGGAUCUAAACCAGGAACUGGGGGGUCGUCCGGUGUUGAUUACUUAAAAUCAACUGUGACUGACCGUUACAAGGUGUUUUUGGAUCUUUUCAACUUGUCAACAUUUCUAAUACCACGUUCAGAGUUGCCAGUUCUUGAUUUGCAAAUGAUGAAACAACUGAGCAAACCAUCUAGCAGUGCAGAAAUUGCUGAGUGA